AUGUCUAGGGCAGCGACUUCCACCCCUCCGCCUCAAACUUAUUUUCCUCAGCGAAAUACUACCCCCACUAUGAGGCACGCGUCUGCUCCCAAUGUCUCUGCUGCCCAUUUCGCCAGCCGUGGUUAUCAGCAUCAACAAAGCAAGAGAAGGGUGAAGAAUCUCCCUUCCGCCAGCUCGGGCAGUAACACAAAUAUUCCACUAAAGAAACCGAGUCAAGCGCUGGAUAAUGGCGAAGGUUUGGGAUUAUCGUUCGAAGACUUGAGUGCCACUUCGAUGGAUUUUGAGCAACCGCCACCAGGACCAUCAAGACAAAACUCAGUCGCUUCAUAUUCGUCUGCUUCGUCGGUAGACAGUUUUCAAACCUCGCAUUCACAAAUCUAUACUGGCGAUUCUUCCUUCUAUCGGCAAAAUGGCUCGGACACAGGUCGUUCCACUCCCGCUUCUGGAUCGCUAUCGAGCUCCUUAUCUCAAGCUCCUACGCAAUUGUUGACCCCUGCUUCUUCUCAAGCUUCUUUCCCUUUUGCCCCUUCAGAUUCAAGUGAGAAUUACGCUCAAUCGAUUUCUCCGAACGGUCAACUUGCUGCUCCACGAGCAUCAUGGGUCGGGAAAAUGGCCAUGGCCGUUGUCAACACGGGCAUGAGCAUCGGAAUACCGUUUGGGCAACAUACAAGAAAGGAUGCGCUUCAGUCCCCUUCAAAGUCCGCCCUUCCCGCUCAAUCGCCACCCCUCCAAACUGUUGGUCCCCCGCCGCCUAUGUAUGCUGCUGCCUGUCCAUCGCAGGAGGUUUCCAAACCGACGAUGGAGGAACUGCAAGCGCUUUCUCCUGAAGCGCAACUAGCCAGAAAAAGGGAAUGGGCGGAAGCCGAAAAUCGCAAAUACAACGAAUGUGCGAGAUUAUGCUCUCAGUGGCCUCAGAGCGGUUAUAAUAUGUCGAAACACGGUCCUAACGGUUCAACAUGUUUCUACCAACCUCAGUCUUUCGCUAACCCGCAACACGUCGUCGGUAUCAUGCAACGACAAGCUGAAUUGGAACGUUUUCUCGCCAUGAAUGCGAUGUUGUUUUUCGCUUGUCGACGAGGAGGUCAUCGUGAUUCGAGUUCGGACGAUGACACUGAUCCCUCUUCUGUCGAAUCUUAUCAAUCAUCACAGCCCUCCCCGACAACGUCGAUGUCCUUCUCCACGGAUGAUGUUCUGGCGAAGCAGGAGGCUGACAUCAAAGCUGCUAUGGCUUCUCCCCUACUUUCAUUCGCAAAUCUCUCCGGCAAUGCUCCCACUGUUCCGUCCAUGCAACUUUCACCUAAUGCCGUUAAAGCUGCGAGAAGUCUCUCUGACUUGAGUAGUUCAGCGGGUUCUUUGGGAUGGUCAAAAGAUGAAUCUGCCAUGGAUGUCGAUCAGAGUGACUCCGGUUCUCUUCUUGCUUCUACAGAUCUGUCUGACUCGGGAAUGUUGGGAAGUUCCGCUAGGGCUCAAUCUUGCGGGGCCAAGAGACCUUCAAGCUCUGACUCAUUCGAAGAAGAGAAGCGAAGGAAAGUGGAUGAAGCUAUGGUGGUCGAAGAAGCUGUCGAGACCGGUGUCAUUGCUCCUCCAGCUCCAACCGCACGCCUUCCACCUACAAGCAGAAUGUCAUCAUCUGUCCCCGAUUUGAACAAAGCUAGAGCCGCCCAAGGUCCUCAGGCUGUAUUUGGAGUUGUGGUAAAAACAUCUGAUACUCAUCCGAUUAUCAUUUCACCUUUUUUCCCUGCGGAUUUAUUGCCAAUCGUAUCGAAACAUAUUGUGAUGCCUCCUCCGACUGGACCUUUCUCUCAGACUCCCCUCCUCUUAGGCUCGAACAUCGACGUGCCAUCCCUUCUUCUUUCUCAUGUGCCCUCCGCGCCGAACUCGGUGAAUAUCCCUAGCUCAGGUUCAAAGUUUUUUGGAUACCCAAAACAAUCUGAACCCAGAGCUGUGGGCAAUCUGUUAUUGAGCAGUUGUCCAGGUAAACGACUUCGGCUCGAUGGUCCAAGCAGAGGUAGAGGUCCUGUCUGUAGGGACAUAGCCACCGAUCUGAGAAGAAUCAAAUCUGAAGGCGUGGGAUGUCUUGUUUGCUGUCUGGAUGAUACUGAGCUUGCUCUGCUCGGUGUUCCAUGGGAAACAUACCGUGAAGUUGCACUUGAAACUGGCUUGGACGUGAUCCGUGUGCCAAUGCCUGAUGGUUUCACGCCCGUUAACAUGGCUUUAUUUGAUUCACAAAUCACUUUGAUUACUACUAAAUAUUCUUUACAAGGCAUUAACGUUUUGGUGCAUUGUCGAGGUGGGGUUGGUAGAGCGGGAUUAACGGCAUGUUCGUGGGCUAUAAAAAUGGGUUUCGUUCAACCUCAUCCUUCCCUAUUAUUGGUUGAAUCAGCAAGUAAACGACAAUUCCCAAAUGGUGGAUUACCAGCUGAACUGGAGCAUCAAAUCGUUAUGAGUAUAGUAGAAAGAGUUAUAGCUAUGAUCAGAUCCAGAAGAGGUUUGAAAGCCAUUGAAAGUUUUGAACAAGUUCAAUUCUUGGCUAAAUACGUUGGGUGGUUGAGAGAACAAGUCAGACGGGGUUAA